CAAGGAAGGAUAGGAGAAGAGAUCAGAACCACUUGAUCAGAACAGAAGAGAAGUUUUAAAAAAUCUAGUUAAUUCUUUUGACAGGAUCAAAGUCAAAGUUCUUUUGUUGAAAUUAUUCUUGGCUACAAAGCAGACGACAGUCAUGCCUCAGCAACCUAAGAAUCAUGUUGAACAAGUUUGUUUGGCGCGAAGACUCGAGUCAAGCGUCACCGUCAAUUUACUCGGUGCAGCUGUGACGUCACUCACGAUGAAUGGUGUAGAAAGACUGUUUUUGAGUAAGUCAACGGUAUUGAACAACAAGACACCAAUUAGGAGCGGCAUUCCAGUGUUAUUGUCUGAAGACCCGGAACACGCUUUCUUCAGAACGUCACAAUGGAUUCUCGUAGAACAAAACAAGUAUCCCAACGGUGACGUCAAUGCGUCUUUCGUUCUUGAAGACAACGAAAACACGAGAAAACAGUGGGACCAAAAAUUUAAGGCCACAUUAAAGAUCUCGCUGAAAAAGAAGGAAAUCACAUUUGAUUACAUUAUCGAAAAUAAAGAUUCCAAGCCUUUCACAUGCGCCCCAAUGCUUCAAAAUCAUUUCCUUGUCGAUGACGUCACAAAUACCUCCGUUUUGGGACUCCAAGAUGCAGAUUCCUCCGAUGAGGUAAAUGGUUUUUUUUAA